ACCACGCUGGAACCAGCGACGACGCCGAUACCAAGCCUUCGACACAUGUGACGCACUCGCUUCCAUUUCCCACAGCCCGUCGUCUGCAUCUUGGCAUUUGUCUGAAGGCUGCCAUGCGCUUUUGGCUCUGGUUCUUCGCGCUCCUUCUUGUCUCGAGGGUCGCCGCUGCGCUCAACAUCUCGGCCGACGAGCGCCAUGAGCUCUCGCGCGACUUGGCGCUGUGGCAAAAGAAGUUUGGUGAUGACGACCACGUGCGCGCAGCCAUGAAGAUGGUGCGAGGAACCUUAACGACCGACGAUCUGCUCGGACGCUUAAAGGCGACCAAGGACAAGCUGCCGGCGCUUCGCGCGGCCAACCCGCACGCCACGUUUAGCCAUUUGACCAAGUUUGCGCUGCUCACGCGCGGCGAGCUGGCGCGGUUCACGUCGGGACCACGGAUGCAAGCACCUUCGGGUCUGCCGUACGACGGCAGUGGCAGCGUGGCCACCGACACGAUCGACUGGGUACCGUCCAUGUGCGUGUACCCAGUGCAGGACCAAGGCUCGUGCUUUAGCCUCUGGGCCAUGGCAGCGAUACAAGUCGCAGCCUCGGCGCACUGCCUCGCGACCAGCCCCAAGAGACUGCUCGACAUCUCGAUCCAAGAGGUCGUGAGCUGCGCCAACCCUGGCGGCCCCGAUGGCUGCCAUGGCGGCGACGCCUACGCAGCGCUCAAGUGGAUUCUUAUGCAGCAGUCCGCCUUGUGCUCGGGUGUCAAGAUACCGUACACAGCGCGCGUGUCUGGGUACGCGCCCACUUGCAGCGACAACAGCCAGUGCGCGGGCACCAUCUCGUUUGACGUGAAUGAAGUGGCCGAGAAGAGCGGCGAAGCGUUGCUUGAGAAGCAGGUGCGCGUGCAGCCCGUGCUGGUCACAGUCUCGGCGUCCAGUGACACGUGGUUCCUCUACACGGGCGGCAUCCUAACGUCGUGCCCGCAGACAAGGUGGGCCCUCCCCUACCCGAUGAUCGUCAUCGGCUUUGGCACGGAGAACGGCGUCGGCUUCUGGAAGGUCCGCAACGCGUGGGGCACGAUCUGGGGCGAGCAAGGCGACAUGCGCCUCCUCCGCGGCAUCGGCGGCCGCGGCACUUGCAACAUCGCCGCGCACUUCAUGUACCCCGUCAUCCCGUCGCGCAACGCGUAGGCGAGAGCGACACCGCGUCACCCGACGGCAACGAUGGCGCGUCCGACUAGCAAACAAGUUGCAUUGUUAAUCGUCGCUGGAUC